CACUCAACGCCCCCGGAUUUGAUUUUCAUUCCCCCGUCCGAGCGCUACUAACGGGCUCGUCCGGUUAGGGAAGAACUCGUGAUAACCAAUUAGACCCCCCGUGGAUUGGCACCGGACAGAAUUCAAUGUCCCCGGCAUCAGUCCUCUUCCAAAACGAGAGUCAUACAGUGGUAUUGCUUGAUGUGCCGAGGACGCUCGAAGAAGCACAGCUUUUGCCAGGCGAGCUCCAGUCUGGGACGACUCCUCUGAGGAGGCUGAUCUCGACCAAGCCCCCCGAGACUCCCUUUCAGACCCCGGAACCCAAGCAUGGCCAGCUGACCCAAACCGCCUCGACCCCCUCGGCACAAGUGGCCGAGCUGAUGACCCUUGCUGCCGUGAAUAGUGCUCUGGAUGAAGUGCAUCAUGGAUACCACGGGCCAUGGUGUCUGCCCCGCCUUAUGCCAGAAGCCGAAGUAUCUGAGGAUUGCUCAUCAGGGACUAAGAGAUGCGCCCCUUUCCCUGAGGACAAGCAAGUCUCGCCUGUAGCCGACCAGGUAUACAUACCCAAGGAGGCGCAAUUCCUACUUGGUACCGUCCAAUCGCAAAGAGCAGCCCUCAUCUCGCAGGAUGUCUUGUUCGAUCUGAUGAUUCUGGAUCCGCCGUGGCCGAAUCGCUCUGCCAGGAGGAAGAAGAAUAACUACGCCACGGCCGACGGCCUGGACGCGGUGAGGGAAUUGUUAUCGCUCAUCCCUGUCCGUUCCCAUCUAUCCACCGACGGUCUUGUGGCAGUGUGGGUGACCAAUGCGCCGCGGUUCGCGGAGCUUCUAACGUCUACCGGAGGGAUCUUCGCCGAAUGGGGGCUUGAGCUGGUAGACGAGUGGACGUGGCUUAAAGUCACCACCAAGGGGGAGCCCAUCUACCCCGUCGACUCUGCGUGGAGGAAGCCAUGGGAGCGACUGUUGAUCGCCAGGAGGUUGGGAAGUUCCAUAAAGACGCCAAACCCUAGGAAGGUGAUCGUUGCGGUGCCAGAUAUUCAUUCACGCAAGCCAAACCUUCGGGGAGUGUUCGCCGAGGUCUUCCGGCCCGGAUAUCUUGGGUUGGAGGUCUUCGCACGGAAUUUGACGGCGGGCUGGUGGAGCUGGGGUGACGAGGCUCUUCACUUCCAGCAUGGUGGCAAUUGGGCAGAUGUAUGAGAUGGGUGGUAGAUAUACCCAGCCUUUACUGCCAGACGUGAUAACCUCCCAACACGGGUAUCCAGUCAUUUUAUCGUAGCAUUGGGGGUCAAAGCCUUCCCUCCUCCCUCGCUAGUGCCUAUUCCACGCAUCUUACAUCCAACAUCCACACGACACCAUCAAACAAAACAAUAGUAUACAGAAGUGCCUCAUUGGCUCUUCUUGGAUUCGUCCUUCUCAAUCUCCA